AUGCCGUUUUCAAGCACGGCAAAGCCUUAUGGCGAUAGUUCGUACGGACAAUUUCGGAGAAAUAGCUCCGGGCAAAAUCCAAAGAUUGACAUGGGUCAUUUGAAAGAAAAUAUCGAACGUACUUGUCAAUCGAUGACAAAGACGUUAGGGAGCUUCUCACAUUUUCAAAUAGCUAGUGCUGGAUUCGAAUACACGGAUCAGAAUAAUACGGCUGUCUGUCGCAAAUGUGGGUUACAAGUAUCAAAUUGGACGUCAGGAAGAACACCAUUUGCUCUUCAUUCUGACAAAAGCCCUACCUGUUCCUUUGUCCUAUCCAUCUUACCUUCAGAAAAAAUCAUCGAUCAUGCAACUGCCUCUUUACUUACAACUAUGGCAUCACUACGAUCAACCUCUACUGAUCACACAUCGUUUCGUGCGCUCACACCUCUCCUAAUCGAAGUGGACACUCUUAGACGCAUACGAAAGCGCACUUUUUCACACUGGCCAUCCUCAUCCUCUUCGUCAUCGUACCCUUCCGCAUCGCAAAUGAUUCAAGCUGGAUUCUUCUCUUGUAAUAUUGGUGAUCGAGUGAUGUGCAUCUAUUGCAACAUAAUCUGUCAUCAAUGGACUUGUACUGAUGAUGAUGAUCCAUGUGAGGUACACAGGAAGUUAUCGCCAAACUGUCCAUAUGUUCGACUGACAUCGAUCAAUUCAGCUGCAUCAUCGAUUGCCAUUAUCAAUGAUCAUUUAACUUCGAAUGUUGCAACAUCAUCUUCUGAUGACAGGAUCUAUCGAUUCGAUGUUAUUGUUCCUACAACUGCGAUUAAUCCAAUGUAUAUGGAAGUAACUCAGCGAUAUUUAUCUUUUUCGACAUGGUCCGGUGACAAUUUGCCAUCGGUAGAUGAUUUAGUGAAGAGCGGCUUCUUCUACACGGGUAAAACAACAAGGGUGACAUGUUUUUACUGUAACGGAUCAGUGGAAAAGUGGAGCGCAAACGACGAUCCGUUGAUCGAGCACGUUCGCUGUUUUCCACACUGUGCGUACGCGAAGCAAAUGUGUGAUAGUGAGACGUAUCAAAGAGUUCAAUAUGCAAAACUACGAGCUGAACAAAAGCAAACGAAUUCGAGCAUGGUUACGAGAGACUCAAGCAACAAGAAGGAGAUUUUAGGUGAUGAUCGAUCAUUAGCAAACGACAACGGUAUAUUAAUGCGAUGUGUGGCUGCCAGACUAGAUCUUCCUAUAUCUAUGAGGCUAGUUGAACGAGGUUUUAAGUUGUCUAUCAUCAAACGAUGUUGGGAAGACCAGUUGCAAAUAAAACGUGACGAUUUUAUUGAUGAAUGCGAUCUAGUGAUGGCGUAUAUGAUUCUACAAAAACAGAUCGACUGUAUUGCUGGAAAAAAUGAAAACAUUAUUGUACCACACAUAACGAUGGGAAAAUCACAAGUUCCCGAGCACCUAGAGUUUGGUGUCGUCGAUCAGGCCAUCGUACGAUCGACAGCAACUGACUUAUCUGGUGCUGACAAUGAUGAGAACGUAGAAAUGAUGAUAUCAUCAAGACAAUCAAGAGCAGCUACGUUCAAGAUUGAUUCUAGACAUGGCAGAAAUCCGAGAACAUCGAUAUUUGAUAGUUCAGAACCGCAUCGUAUAGCUUUACCGGAUUGCUGCAUGAUAGCCUAUGAAACUCUUACACCGUGCUAUUAUCAUCGAGAUAGCCAAUAG